AUGGAGCCCGUCCCGGAAACCGAGCGAAUGGAAGAGUUUCGGUCCUCGCCUCUUCCGAGUCUGAGAGCCUCAGCGCUCGCGGCCCCAGAGUUCGAAGUUUUGAAAAAGCCGCCCACUAUCCGCCGAUCGACCGACCCUUCUCCAACAUCUUCCCUUGCCUCGCCGUCUUGGGCUCCCCCCUCGGCACUGCCCUACCGACCCCGCGCAUCCUCGCCGCUGUCCAGCAGCCACGUUAGGUCUCGUUCUGCCGCGAGUCUGGCGCCGCUGCCCAUGGUUCGCACACAAUCCAUGCCUGGCACGACUGCCACUGGCCACCUUUUAUACUCCCCACAGAUCCGUCCUCAGAGCCCUUCGGGAUCCCCAAGUCGGAUCAGACUCCCGCGGAAGCCAGUAGACGAAGUAUUCCCCACAUCGCCAACACGGAUUUCGGUGAUUGAUCCCGAACGAAACUCGUCCGAGCGAAACAGUUCGCCGAAUCGAGCCUUGGGCGGGCCGUAUGCCACGUCCGUGCCAAAACUGCGGCGGCCGUCGUCCCCACUUUGUCAGGUUGCUCACAUCAGCGCGGUGCCAACCACGCCUUCUGGGGCCGCCACCUCGCCAUCUUACCGACCGUACGACUCUUAUGCCUUUUCGGCUGCAUACCCAUCCUCCUCUGUGCCCUCGACCCCGACUUCGGCUAGAUCCAGGAGCCCGAGCAUCUCCAGUCUCGAGACCAUCCCCGAUUCCCCAGACGCCGAAGAGGCAGCACUCGAGGCCGAGAGACUGGCGCAACUCAAGGCCGCCGCAGAAGCCGCUGAGGGUGGCGACGUGAAAGCAAGGAGCAGCCUGGAUGUGCCGGUUCGUGGCCGGACACUGACCGGUUUCAGCUCCCGAGACAAGCGGAAACGGUGGAGUGUGUGCGGUGCCGAGAGGAGACAGGAUCUGGAUCUGGAGACGAUAUGGGAGGACUAA